GGGAAGUAGAACCGGUGCUAUCAAAAAGAUCCAGUCAGGAUAGAUUAAAACACAUUCAUACAAAUAAAGAUGGGCCGCCUGCUGGAGCACUGGCUAGACGUCGACGCAGGUGACCUAGCCGCGUCUGCCUUGUCCUUCUGGACGAGUAAGAAGGCAAGCAACUUUGCCAGAGACACCAGCACGGACCACCUGCCACUUCGCUGCGGUGGAACAUCUGUUCGCAACGGCACGGGGUGCAACAGAACACAUUUCCCCGGCAGAAGGACCACGAGUUUUGCUUACAACCACGGUUUCAUCAAUGGUGACACGUGGACGCCGGCCAAGAGGCCGCCGAUGGAUGAGAUGCUGGCCCUUUCCAAGAAGAAAGUCGCCACACUCCAGGACGACAGUAUCACCGCGCGCCCGACCCCGGAGGAAAAGGCGCUCGAGGAAGAAGCAGCUCACGACCGCGCGCUGCUGGGCACCGCCUCGCUCCAGGACAAGUACGGACCCAUUCUGAAAGCGGCAAAGCUGCAGGCGAUCGCGGAGGCGGACGGAGAUGCUACCACCGCGCAAAUUCCGAACAUGAAGGCGAGGGUGGUGUGCAGCCACUUCCACCACGGUCACGACAGCGGCGACACCGGGGAAUCGAAGAUCCUGGAGGUCCGGCUGGACGACGAGGAGGAGGAUGCGGAGAACCCCGCAAAAAUGCCCUGGAUCCCCUGCACCAGGUGGUACGGGGCAGACAACAUCAUGAAACCCUCUUGCAUGAUCGAGAUGGACGUGCGGAAGAACUCCGCGGCGCGGCCGACGGGGGAGGAGAUGGCGAAGGACGACUUAGCAGUUAUCGUGGACCACAAGACGCGGUUCGUGCUGGAGAACUUUGAAAAGGUGGACGGGAUCGAAAACGCGCUGAAAAACUGCCCGGAGCCGGCGGACGAGUCGCUGUUCUUCAACGCCUGCCCGCCGCCGGACCUCCAGCUCGCCUGCAACUGCAGUAAGAGCGGGCACGAGCAGGUGUGGGCGAAGUGCGCGAACCCGAUGACGAAGUGGGUGAAGUGCGACGUGGGGGGAGUGACGCGCAUGGAGCUCGGGCCCGACGAGGACACGCAGCCCGGGUCGGUCACGUGCACCGUGCACGGGCGGGUGGUUACCAUGCCCUACCUGAAGGGCCCCAUGUCGACCCUCGCCCCCUUCUACGACUACUGCAAGGACGAGUGCGGCCCCGUCGGCCGGGAGAAGCACGCGGUGAUCGACGGACCGGACAUCGAUUGGGAAGUACGCAAGGCGGUCGCGAGUUGCCCGGCGAAGAAACUGUCCCUGAAGUGCAAGUGCUCGGGGAAGAAGUUCGCGUCAGAAGCGAACAACGUCGGGAUGCAGCAAAUGUACGAAGCCACCUGCGGCGAACUGCCCUCGGCGCUGGAGUGCACGGAUCACAAAAUGGUGAACAAUUUGCACACCUGCAAGGUGUUCGUCAACCGCGUGAAUCUGCGGGGCCCCUUGAACAACCUGCCGAACUACCGCCCGGUCGUCACCGCGGAGGCGGACACGGAGGAAUGUGACAGCGUUUGCCCGUCGCCGGACCAACUCGGGGUGAAAACCCAGAAGGAAGCGGAGCAGGUGCGGAAGGGCCUCGACCCGGACACGGGGGACGUGGUGAACGCCGAGAAAAAAGAAGCGGAGAUGAAGGAAGACGCCCAGAAGGAACAGGAACUGGACAAGGACCUGGACGAAAAGGGGGUCGCAGAAAUGAACCAGGCGCGGGAAAAGUUGAGCGGGCCGACAAAGGAUUUGAGCGGAAAGGGGGACGAAGACCUGGCGGACGACGACGACGCGUUGCCGCCCGACGUGGCGGAGGCAUGAGAUCGUAGCAACCGCUUGAUGCGCGGGGAGUGGUCAAAACAAAAAUCUGGAUGAUGGAAAGAUGAAAUUCUGCAAAAGAACAAGAACAGCAACAAGCCUCCGGGUUUUUUUCAAAAUGCUUUAUAUUCAUA